AGAAGUGCAAGAGAAACCAAGAGUGCUUCACCAAGAGGGGGAGAUUUGCAACUUUGGACGUUUUUGGAGAAGUGGACGCAUUUUUCCUAAUUUUCCGCAGUUUUGGGAAAGCAACGCCUGACGGAAGAGCACCAUGAAGUCCCGGCUGGCCAGCUGCAGCGACUCCGGCUCCGAGAUGGACUGCAGCAGUCCGGAGAAGUUCCAGACGGUGACGCGGCGGAGGAUGGCCGCCAACGCCCGGGAGAGGAAGCGGAUGGAGGGCCUGAACACGGCCUUCGACUGCCUGCGCAAGGUGGUGCCCCAGUGGGGCCAGGACAAGACGCUGUCCAAGUACGAGACCCUCCAGAUGGCCCUCAGCUACAUCAUGGCCCUCAGCCGCAUCCUGACGGACCCCCGGAGGCAGCAGCCCGCCCACACCACCCAGUGGCUGGACCUGCAGCUGGACUGUGUUCAGGACGAGGCCUACCCGUGCCUGAUGGGGUACGAGGCGCCCGCGGAGCCGGAGUACACCCAGACCUCCUUCCCCUAUCAGUUUGACGGCUACCAGGCUCAGAGCUGA